AUGAGCGGAUGGAAUCGCAGAUUCCAUCGGAUCAUCCUCCUCCAGAGUGCAGAGAAGGGACGACGCAGGUGGGAGGGAAGGGGUAUCCAGAAAUUCGUUGGGUCCAUCAAGGAUCAAGUAGAGUCGAUUCCGUGGAAAGUUCCAUGGUUCCUGACGUAUCCGGGUCAACGUCCGAUCGGACGCCAGAGCUCCGAGCAGACGAAAGAUGACUCGUGUGCUCGCGAGGUAGAGUAG